GAAAGGGGUAGUAGGCCUGACAUUCACUUCAGCAGCGUUCUGUUAUGGAACAGGAGAAAGGGCUGAGAACUGACAAGAGAAAAAGCAUGACAGCUCUUGCAUUUUAGACGGUUGAGGGAGAGGGAUGAGGGACGGACUGCUUCUCUUGUGCUUUGUCUGUGAGCCAGUGUAAAGGAAGUGGCUGAGCCGCUACAGGGAGAGGGAGGGGAGAGCUGCACAGAAGCAUGUCAGCUGAGUUGCCAGAGAUCUGCAGACUGAGCCCUAUGAUUAAUUGCAAUUGGUCCUUCCUCAUGUGACUGCUCCAGGGAUCCCACUCAUUCAGUACUAGGAAGCUCUAAACAUUCCAUGAUCGCACUACUGUGACAUCAUCAAAACGUGCCCCUAAAGGAGUACCAUGGGCAGCCAUUGACCUUGGUGAUGUCUUUGGGUGUCAUGGCGACUCUUCAUUACAAAUACAAAUAUCAAGGAGAUAUGAAUCGGCUAUUUGUGGAUUAGGAUGAUUUCAAGGUACAAAAGGAAGCCAGUAUCUCAGAAUCUGCAAAUCAAUCAAAGUCUUGUAAAAGCCUCAGAAAAUCAUCCACUUCCUGAGAAAGUAGAAACAUAUUCUAAUUGCCUGUAUGGUAAUCAAAGCAAAGUGACUUUAAAAUGCAAAAGUGAGUCGGAUAUAUCUGAUACAUCAGACAGCCUGGGGAAAGGAACAAAGCUAUCCUGGUCAGAAUCACAGAGCUGUGUUGGUCUGUCCACAGAUAGCAGCUCUGUGAUAUCUUGGGGCUUUGAUGAAUUUGACCAGGCCGCUACACUGCAGGUGCAAAAGAUUUUCGAUCAUAUUGAUGAAUUUCUGUUUGAACAAAAGCCAAGCACCCUUACUGGUGGACUACAGGAAGAGUGUCAGCAAUGGGCAUCCUGCUUUCCACACCUACGCAUAAAAGGCAAACAGAUUUUGGCCCCAUUAGAUAAUGGCUACAGUUGGCAUUCCAGUUAUCCCUGUGUAUCUGGACACGCAUCUCUCAGUACUGCCCAUGCAAGGGAUUCCAGCGAACUGGGUAUUUUUGGCACAAAAUGCCCUUUUACAAUUGCUAACGACCCCAGUGCCACUGUUUCGUUUUCCGUGGGUAAAGAGGAAGAUGAUGGAGAAGAUGAAUUUGGGGUGAUUGUGUCAGAUGGUGUCAUUGAAGAAUAUUUGGCAUUUGACAGCAUGGAAAAGCAAGAUGAUCUCCUUGUGUCCUUGGAUAGUCUGAACAUGGGCUAUCCUUCAAUUUCUCCAAAAUGUUGUAAGAAGGAGGCAAUCCUUGGUUAUCUGUUUGAUGAUGUGUGGAGGGAAGCAGUAGGGUGCUUGCAGGACCUACUUUGCCGUCACUGGGAAGAAUCCAUUUUAGAUGAUGAAAAGCAUGAUAGUGCAGUUAAAACUGCUAGAGAGGAAUCUAUUACUUCUUAUACACCACUUCAGCGUCUUCCACUGGUGUUACCACCGGUUCCUCAUUUUAAGAUUCCUGCUAUAUCCCCAAGCCUUGCAAAUCGUCCUCAAGGUGGAAACAACGGGACCCCAAGAAAUUUGAACAACCUGAUGGCUAUUCAUGGAUGUCCAUUACAGCAAAGAAAUCUGCAUCUCAUGGAGAAAUCUCUAGAUUCCAGUGACAAACUGUCUAUGAGACCCACAUCUGCUGCAUUAAGUUCUGGCAAAUCACGGACAGGACGUACAUUGGAGCACAGCUGCUCAUCGUUGUCUCAUAACAUUCCAUCUGCAAGGAGACGUAACCCACCUCGCACCUUACACCCUAUUAACAGCAAUCCCUCCAGAGCUGGGACACCAAAGAUAGAAGAGCUCCUCAGAGGCAUGAGACUUCCAACUGGGAGUGACCAGGUGCCGUGUUCUCCUGUACCCUUCAACCGAAACAACCUGCUACCACCAAUUGGUACAUCAGACCAGGAUCAUCACUUCAUGCCUGGAUCACAGAGACAAACGCCAGAUACAUCAAUGGGCCGGUCCGUCACUCUAUCUGAUUCCAUAAAUCCACUACAAAGUAGGAGAGGAUCUGCUGGUCCAGAUUCUGUCUGCAUUGGUGUGAGUGGGGUCAGUGCCUCAACUAGUUCUAUUCGCUGGGGGCAUUCAAGCAACAAAUCAGAGGAAGAUCACUCUUCAGGGAUCCCAAUGAAGUACCCCAGCCGCGGAGCCCCGAAGUAAACAAGGACUUUGCAGAAACCUAAUCUGCACCAUUUUUUUUAAUAAGCUACAGGAGAGAUGCCAACUACUUCCACUAGCACUGCCAGACUGAGUACCAUAAUGCACAUUGGGGAUAUGCAGGGUGGGGGGGGUGUAGAAAACCUUUGGGAGAAAUAACCUUGUUCAGCAAAAGUUGUAUUCACAAAAUUCUUUGCAUAGGUUUUUGUCAUUGUUUUUAAGAUUUUCAUUUCCUUCCAAUAGCAGUGAGCAUGGGUAGAGCCUGCCUUCUAGGGUACAUGACCCCUUACCAACAACUUUGUACAAGUUCUUGGCUGCCACUUGAGAGCAAGAAAACACACAGAAUUGCUUCCUUUGUACCACAUGGGUGACAGUUUGCCACUGAAGUAAACUCUCAGAUCAAGGGUUUGUUACUCAAAACUGUGAUUGUUUGUGAGUAAUAGUUGACUAACCCCCGAAGGUGCUUCUUUAAUCUAAGCUUAAUUCACUUGCCAGAGAAGCUACUAAACACUUAAAUGACAAAUGCCUGGGAAUUGCUGUGAGCACCAUUUUCCUAAAACCUGAGAGAGAAUGGCAAGUGCAUCCAUGAGCUUAGGUUACUGGCACAGGAGGAAUCUUCUUCACCACCAUAUUACAGCGUAACUCUACCCAUGCAACCUAACCUUGUCUUUAAUAGAAACCGCCUGACACUGCUGGUACAUUCCGUUCUUGGCCCAGAAACAUGCAUUUCAGGCUGAUAUCCACCUGUAAUAGCAUUGGUAGGCAAUUUUCCUCAUAGUUUUAAGUGGCACUUGUGGUUUCUGGUGAAUCUUCAUCAUCUGAAAUUGCUCCAUGUGCCAUUAGCCAUAUGUCUCUCUCCAGUCUCAUAUUUAAUAUCUGGCAAGAGUUAAUACAAGCCAGUGCACAGUUAUUAUACUAAGGGCCAUAUUUAUUAUAGUGUUUAGAUCAACAUCAGUGGUGAUGUGCCCAUAGCAACCAAUUAGAUCUCUGCUUUUGUGGUCAAACUAAUUUUUGUGUUCAAAUCUAAUUGCUGAUUGGUUGUUAUGGGCAAUAUCAUUAGUGAUGUUGGUUCACACACUAUAAUAAAUAUGCCCCUGAGUGGGGGCCAACAGUUAAUAGGUUCCAUAUUUUCUGGUGUAUUGAUAUAACUGAGGUGCAGAACCUCUGAGCCACUUUGGUAAACAUAUCCCAUUCACAUGUUUCAUAUUUUGUAAUUUAUUCUUUUGUAAUUUACAGGUUAAAGUAUUUUUAUAAGUAACAAAUAAAAUGUUUUGUAAUGCUUUGUGCAGUGAAUUCAUUCUA